AUGGUAGUGGGAAAAAUCCUAAGAAGCAUGGGAGCUAAGUAUAAUCACGUGGUGGCUGACGCCAUUGAGGAGUCGCGUGAUAUUACUAAAGCUUACACUAGAUGCGCUCACUUUCGCUCCCUAUCCUCUCAUGAAGCGCGGUUGAUCAGCCAAUCUGAUCAAGGAGAUGAGAAGGCUCUUCAUGUGAGGAAUGAGCUAUCAUCUUUGAAGGAUGCUGACAAAACACCUUCGAGAGGUCGCGGAAGAGAGCAAGGAGCUUCAAUGGUGGCAGAAGAGAAGGAAAAGGAAGUGAGUAAUCUGUUUAUGGUGCUUAAUGAAGGAGAGAGUCCGAGAAGGAGCUAUUUCACUGAGCUUGAUGAAUCCCAGAAGCUCAAGGUAAGGCUAGGAGAUGACAAGGAGAUAGAGGUGGAAGGAAGAGGCACAGUUGCCAUCAGUUUUGAAGGAGGGAGUGUAAAGCUUCUCCAUGAUGUUCAGUUUGUCCCUGGCCUCGCUCAUAAUCUUUUGAGCGUGGGACAACUACUCUCGAGGGGUUUCUCUGUUGUGUUUGAUGGAGACACAUGUUCUAUAUUUGAGAAAAACUCCGGCGAGCUCAUAACCACCGUCAGGCGAACGGAUAACAACAUGUUUUUGUUGAGGUUCUCCAGCGAUGGGAAAGCCCACAUUCUCUGUGAAGAAAGCAGAGGAUGCUCGUGA